CUUUUUCCAUCAUUCGUUCUCUGCCUCUCAGCGGCGGCAGCUCAGGGAAGCAGCCGUGUUUGCGUCUGCAUCCCAAUUGCCACAGGUAAGGCAGCUGCAUUGUCGAUCGAUGCCAACUCCAUAGAGGCUUUGGGAGCCUUUGCUGUUGCGGCUGCAAGUUCUCAUCCCGGUGCGGGGCGCACAUUCCUAAUCAUCUCCAAGAAGGCAUCCUGGGGGAAGGACGAGCAAAGGAUCCCAGCAACGAGACCAACAAAUCACAGGCUGACUCAAAAGAGUGCAGGCUUUCAGGAACAGAGGAAACAUCGGCACUCAGAAAGAGAGGAGAGACAUUCAGUGGGAUAUAUUUAAAACAUUGUGACCUCCUGUUUGAGAUUUUCCUCUCAUCUCUUGCUUUCUGCUAUUUCUGUUUCAAUCAAUUUCAUCCUCUCCCUGCCUCUCAUCCUCCUCCACUCUGGUUUUAUCCCUCUGUGGCGGAAUGCACCUUGCAAACAGAUGAGAAGAUGCUCUCUGAGCGCUUGCUGCAGUAUUAACGGACAGUGCACUGAGACAGCAGGGCGCUGAGCGGACAGCUUGGGGAAAUCUGAUCCACCGCCGGCUGGAGAAGGAGCAGGAUUACGCGUCGCAGUUGCAGAUUUAUCCGCCCUGUGAUACCACUGCACGACAACACCCCUCAUUCUGCUUUCUCCCUCUCGCUCUCCCUCUCCCUGUGCUCAUCUGAAGUGUUGCUUUUUGACUGGAUCCAGAAAAUUAAUUGGAUUCUACUGCUUUAUUUUUAGCCUCACUGGAAUUUGGAGCACACACAAAGGAAUCAAAGUGGGUUUGGAUCCAAAGCGUGAUGAAUACAGAAUCUUCAGGCUGAUUUGAAAAGCAAAGACUGAGAAAGAUAGCGGAUAAUCCAGGGAGAGUGUUGGACGGACGCAUAAACGGCAGAUUCUCCUGCUUUCGCUCUCUUUCAGUUACGAAAGGAGGAUUUUUGGAGCUGAGGGACGCUGACUCGGCUAAAGCUGUUGGAACGGGCUGCACUGGGAAACAUUUUUCCUUUUUUUUGGGGUCCAGUACAGGGUGGGGAAGCAACAAGACCCACCCUGCAAGUUUCAUUCCCCUGAUUAGACAGUAAUGGACUGUCGUGGAUUGUACACAGAGGAGACAUCUAUUGCAUGUUGAGUAGAAAUCGCUGUGGAUUUUUGAUGCAGUGGCAUCUGAACAGUGAUGCCAUGGAUUCCACACAUGCACAGAUGUAAAGCUGUUCCUUCCAAACCAUCUCUCCCUCCCGUCUCUCUCUUUGUCCCUCUUUCUUCCCGUUGGAUGCAUCACUUCUUCUCCUCCCUUGGUUUAUCCUGCUGUGGACAUCCAGAAGUUUACCGUUGCUUCUGUUGGACAUCGGGACUUAAGCAAGACUAAACACGGACUAACUGGUCCAUUACCCAUCAAUGCCUGCUCUCCCAUUUUUCACUGGGUGUCUCUGAGUGUGGAUUUGUGUGCUUGUGUGUUUGUGAUUGCGUGUUUGCAUGUAUCUGCACCCCUCCCUUUCUCUCUAUCCUUGGAUUACAUAUCGGUGUACGUGUAAUUGAGAGUGAAAUUCCGUCGGGGUCCUUCUUUGCCUUUCUCUUUGUGUCUUCUUGAUGUCCCACGUUGUUUGGAACCUUUCUGGCAUGUGCUACCGAUGCCUAACGCAGGGUUAACCCUCAAUGAGCCAUAAAGGACGGCAGGGAAGGAUGAGCGAGUGUUCCGGAGCAGCUGUAUCCGGAGUGGUGAUCCUGGAGGAGCCUGAGGGUUCAGGGGCAACAGGGGGCCGUCGGGAGGGCCAGGCCCAGGAUCAAGGUCCCCUCCGUUGUGCCGUUUGGCCACGCCAGCAGACAUGGCUGUGUGUGGUCCCUUUACUUAUCGGUUUCAUUGGCCUUGGAUUGAGCUUGAUGCUGUUGAAAUGGAUUGUUGUUGGCACAGUGCGGGAUUAUGUGCCAACGGACUUGGUGGAUGCUAAUCGAAUAGGCCAGGAUCCUAUCUUCCUCUCCAAGCCGAGCGGGAUUCCCAAAAGUCCCGAUACUACCACAACCACGAUCACUCCUACAGCCGAUGGCGGGAACCCCACGGCUAGAACUGUAACUGUUGCUAAAGGUAGAGCUCGCUCAACCGCUACAACCACUACUAUAAACCCCAGAGGAGGUGGAGCCUCCGGUAGCCAAGUAACCCCUCGGAAUCCUGUAAAUGGUAACGGACGUGGACCUUCAGGUUUUACUACAACCACAGCGACACCAAGGACCACAUCUAGCCACUCUCCGUCCAAUCCAACCGUACUUCAUGACUCUACACAGAUGUGGACCCCAGAGCAUACUACUACUGAGACCGCCUCCACUACGCUCACCACCCGGACACAUGGCCACCGCAAAGCACCAUCUCCGACCGUCCCUCCGCUGCACUCGGAGCAUUUCAAACCCUGUCAUGAAAAGGACCUGGCUUACUGCCUGAACGGCGGCGAGUGCUUUGUCAUCGAGACGCUCAGCGGGCCCCACAAGCACUGCAAGUGUCGGGAAGGCUACCAGGGAAUCCGCUGUGACCAGUUUCUGCCCAAGACGGACUCCAUCCUGUCCGACCCAAUGGAUCACUUGGGCAUCGAGUUUAUGGAGAGCAAAGAGGUGUACAAGAGACAGGUGCUGUCAAUCACAUUCAUCGCCAUGACGAUCAGCCUCCUGGGAACGCUGUGUAUGGCCCUCUACUGCCGCAACAAGAGACGCAGAGAGAAGCUCCAGGCUCAUCUGAAGGAGAGUCGCAGUCUGAAAAACUACUCUGCAAACUCCCACAAUCCCCUGGAUGCCAAGAUGAGGGCCCAGAACACCAACCUGCAGAUGCACGAGUUCUGCAAGCGCUCCUCGCAGCCUCGCCAGGGAAACGUGUGCGAGUCCAGCUUUGCUCACUGCAACAUCACCGCCGCCGCUGCCGCCGCCGCCGGGACACCGUCCAGCAUCUCCAGAGGCACCGCGAAACACCACAGAAGUGGCUCCUUGUCUCAGAGCCCAGAUCAGAGAACCCGGGCAGCCUAUUGGUCGGCGUCCCGCAGGACCCCGCCCAUUCCCAGGGGACGGCUAAAUCCAAUGGGAGUGUCCAAGUUUUCAGGCCCCGCCUACCAACACCUGCAGGAAGUAGACUCCACCGAGAAGGAAGCUGAGGCACAAAGACGCUGCCAAACACAGGGAGAGAACCCGGGCGACGACCCCAGACGAGAUGCCCUCCUACAUAUGCAAACUCCUGUUUCCAUGGAGACAACGUCGCUGUCACCUUGGAGCGGUCGCUCUGAGGUACGUUCAGGCCCAUGUGCUCCCUCCGAGUACAACGAUUCGUGUCCCGUCACCCGCAGCCUGCGGAGGCCCGGCCGCCGUCAAGGCCACUCCCCGCCUCCUCCCUUUCGCUCCUGCUCUAUCCCAAUCAUCCCUUCCGUCCAGUGUCACCAUGACAACGAGGUGUCGUGUAUGCAAACCAGUGUCACUCCGGCAACCGCCGCAAAGUCCGUCCCCUGCGGAGCCACGCCCUGCAAGGACGAGAGGAGAGGGAAGGCAGCGCACGUGGAUUUGUCGUCUUCUUCCUGCUCGCCCGUCAUUGGCCAGCAGCAGGAUGAGGUGGCGCUGCUGCUGGAGGAGGCGCAGGAGCAGCUCAGGGCGUUGGCCCUGGCUCACAGGAAGCAGGAGGAGGGCGGGGUCAGCAGCGGCGGUAUGGCGGCUGCGCCGGUGGAGGCCAGAGAAACAGUUUGCUUCCUGAACCUUAACGGAGGAAGUGCUGGCGUGCUGAGCUGUAACGGACCAACGCAGACCCAGUUACUCAGCCCCAGCCUAUCACACAGAGACCUGGGCCACGCCGGCCAAUGAGAGGACUCGAUUUAGGACAUUCACCUUUCGGUUUGAUAGUGUUUGACGGACUGUGGUGUUCUGCAACGGGAAUGCCGAAUUGAAAAAAAGAUGUAAUAUGGAAAAUUGUGAAAAUGUGCCGAUGAUAUGCAUAACGUACGGAUCCAGACACUUGGGAGUGGCCCCGCCUUCACCGACUGACAGUGUGGGAAAAAGAGAAAAAAAUAUUUACAUGCAUUUAUUUACAAAACAAGAGAAACACUUAGACAAAAAGAAACCAAAUAGUCUGUCAAAUCCAUGGUGUUUUUAAUUGUAAAAAGAAUAUAUAAAUAUAUAUAAAUAUAUAUGGAUAUAAAUAUAUGGAAUUCAAAAAGUGACCAAGUGCAAAGUUGAAGAGCACAGGAAUGAUGUAACUAUUUUUCUUUUUCUUUUUUUCUUCUCCCUGUUUUGUAUUAACUGUGUCACGUUUUGGUUCCGGCUCAGUUCUAACGUCCCACCGCACAUCCACGAGCCACGGGUUCAGAAUCGAACCACCGAGGGAGGAGCCGCCGCACCGAUCUCUCUGCCUCCUCUUGCCUUUUGAAAACCUUUCUACCCCGCCAAGAAUGAGGGUUCACGACUCAAAACUAGCGCUCCUCGGCUCUAAGUGUGUGUGUGAGAGAGAGAGAGAGAGUGUGUCGGUGCUGGGGGAAGAGGAAGAAGAGGAAGAAGAGGAGAAACCAGGAAAAGACGUCUUCUUCUUGUGCAGUCGCUCAGAUUUGGGAGGACAGAUUGUUAAAGACAGCUCGAGACGCUGACUCCCUUUCGACGAGUGUUUCAAAUCGAUCUAGAUUUUUUCUUUUUUGUUACAAAUGAUAUUUUCACACAUGCGGAUACACACACACUCACCUGUGCAUUAUUUUUCAGUUGGGUGGACGAGUGGAGAGAAGGACAAAGGAAGGACGGAGGAAUAGGAGGCACCACAGGAGCUAAUCAGACUUUUUUUUAGUUGAUGUUGUUUUCCAUUUUUUGGUUAUUAAUGAACAAUGCUGCUUUCUGGGGCUGAUGGGGGGGGAGGGGGAGAACCACGUGGUUUUGGGGAUUGAAACAAGAAAUAAAUGUCUCUAUGUUGUAUCCUAUGAAUCGGAAGCUUUUGAAUCUGUUUGAAGCUGCAGCCAAAUGUUUCUGGUGACAAUAAGUAAAAAAAAAAAAUGGUGACAAUUCUCAAAGUAACAGCUGUUUUUCGUCGGUUGCUUGGACAACAUUUUGAGCAUCCUGUCCAGCGUGCAUGCUGGGUAAUCUGUGGCUUUUCACACACGGCCUGGUGCGACGGCUUCAAGAAACCCCCGGGUCGGUAUCCACCAUAGACUGUAAGUAAAGAUGGACGCCCAUGGCAGCUCCCACAAAGUGAAGCCGAAUCUUAAUCGGCUGCAGUGAAGGUCACAAACGGAUGAAACGAACGCAGACUAAUGUCAAAAGGCUUCAUGUUGCUGGUUUAAUUUAGUUAUUAUAUAUUAAAUCCAUAUCUGAGAUUCGUUGGCUUCAUUUUGGGAAGGAGGUUGAGAUGCGUCAUCCAUCUUUAUUCAGUCUGUACUACACACAGAGUGCUUUAUUUUAACUGGAAGAGAAGUACGAUUUCAGGAUACACACACAUCAUAUCUUUAUAAUAUGGUGUCAUUCCCAAAUCCAUACAGCUCAUCCAUGUGAAGAGUUCGGUGUCGACGUGUCCGAGUCGUUCAAAUCCACAUCACAGGUUUUCAUUUCAGCAGGAAACAGCAUUUAAUACUUUUAUUUCCUGCAUCGUGUAACUGAAAAUUACACGAAUGAGGAGAGAAAACUGCUUUUACAGACACGAUUGGCUCAUGGUGGUUUUGUUUAAAGAAAUUAAAAUAAAAAAAGGGCACAGAUGGGAGGAAGCAUUGGAAAAGGAAUUUGUUCUCCAGGUAGAAAAUUGAGGCUUUUGUUGGGCACAUAUUCAAUUUGGAAACAAACAUUGGAAUUUCUGCUGUUAUAUUCGAUUAAAGGACGUUUGAUUUGGAAAAAAAAUCUGCCGGUUUUAUUGUGAAAGCUUGAAGCACGAGUAGCAGCUCUUGUUUAACAGUUUUUAUUCUCAGAGAAAUGACUGGGGGGGGGUUGUUUUCAGAGCUUUACUCAGAACACAGACGUACGACUGACUCCUGGAUGCUCUAUGUCUGUGAUAUGAAAAUAAGUCCUGCAGUGAAAAACUCAAAACAAGCCGUCCUCCCAUGAACUGAACGCUGCUCGACUCCCAGAUAACAUCAAACCACUUCUUUCGGCCACGUUGUGUUUCACAUGGUUCUCUCUCGUGUGUGUGAUCAGUGCACGUCGGCUCAGAGACGUGUGACUCAGUAAUGCAACACUCAUGAUAAGUUCACAGUAGCUGAGACAUUCAUAGCUUCACCUCUGCCCUUUUUUUUCUUUUUUUUUUUAUAAAAGCCUAAAUGGAAAAGGCUGGAUUCUAUUCAAACGCACACUCGCACACAAAAAAAACAGCCCAGAGCUUUUAUCUCCUUCUUUUCUCCCAUUUUCUAUUGAAGGCUUCCUUUGCCAUACUGCCAUUGAACCCUGGAAAAAGGCUCUUUUCUAUCUCAAACUGUUGAACCGCAACAGUUCUGGUUAUUUGAUACUCGCGUCCCAUGAAUUCCACAAUGUCCCCACCAGCACCAACACUGCUGAGUUAUGGAGGUUGAUGUGUGUCUGUGCACAGACACCGUGCAAAAAAUAUGUGACUUUCUUUGUUUGACCGACUGUAAUCAGUGUAUGAGCUUUUAAGAGAUAAAAGUCUGCAAGCAU